AUGGUGGAAAAAAAUAAACCACCGGAACCUGAGUAUGGCGAUUUUCGCUUGUUGACACAAGAAUCGCUCAAUCGAUUAGAACAGAAAGUAAAAACCCUCGAGGAUAAACAAAAACGGCUUCAAAAUGUUUCACUCAGUAAAGCCAGUUUGUCGACUCUCGAUGAGUUGGAGGAACACCAGACGAUUAAAGGGAAAAACCCCGAUCUUGAGGAAGGAAAACCACUCCCCGAGCGAUUGGGAGCGGUACCAAAACACUUAUUUGGGAAGCCAUUGGAAGAGAUCGAUCAGGGUCAAUAUAUUAACAGGCCGUUUACAGUCCUUGCCAAACGAUGGGGAAAGAAGUACAUCUAUCGAUUUUCCACAACGAAGGUGCUUUUUUUGUUUGGGCCGAUGAACCCCCUGCGUCGUGUUAUGAUCUACAUGGUGACUCAUCAAUUAUUUGACAUAGUUGUAAUGCUUACCAUCUUAGCAAAUUGCGUCUUUCUGGGACUGAAUGCAGAAAACAAAUAUGCAGUAUAUGCAGAAUACGUAUUUACGGGUAUUUACACUUUUGAAAUGCUGGUGAAAAUUUUAGCCAGGGGAUUUAUCAUCUACAAAUUUACAUAUCUCCGAGAUCCUUGGAAUUGGUUAGAUUUUACAGUUAUAAUUUUAGCAUAUGUUACAAUAGGAGUGGAUCUUGGCAACUUUUCAGGUUUGCGUACACUUCGAGUACUAAGAGCUUUAAAAACAAUUUCGAUUGUGCCAGGUUUAAAAUCCAUAAUCAACGCACUAUUAAAGUCUACAAAGAUGUUGGCUGAAGUUAUGUUGCUUACAGUGUUCGUGCUUUCUAUAUUUGCUUUAUUUUCACUUCAAAUUUACAUGGGCGUGUUGCGUCAGAAGUGUGUCUACAAUUUCGAUGGAAUGUUAGCGUAUUCUAACUAUACGCAUAGUGAAUGGCAUGCAAUAGUGGAGAACAGCAGUAAUUGGUACUACAGGAACGAUGAACCUAUCAUGUGUAGCAAUCUAUCUGGAAUUGGGGGUGGCUGGAGUCCAUGUCCAGGAAAUUAUACCUGUCUUAAAGACAUCGAUGGCAAUCCAAACUACGGCUACACCAGCUUCGAUAAUUUUGCUUGGGCGAUGCUGACUUCAUUUCAGCUUAUCACCCUAGACUACUGGGAGAAUGUUUAUGAUUAUAUAAUUCGCUCACAGGGUCCAUGGCACAUUCUAUUCUUCUUGGUCAUUGUGUUAUUUGGUUCAUAUUACCUAAUCAACUUAAUGUUAGCCGUCGUUUCCAUGUCAUACACUGAGGAAGCUGCACGAAAUGAAGCUGAAAUUAAAAGAAAUCAGAGGGAUAAUGCGGCUGCUACAAACAAUUUAAUGAAGUAUAACCCAGAAAGACUUAAAAUGCUUGUGAACAGACAGAAAAUAAAAAUGAAAAUGAUGAAAAAGAAAAAGCAACAACAACUUGUGGAUGAUAAUGCCAAAACAGAUGAACCCAAGGCGGAUACCAAUCUCGGCACUGCGUCUGUUGAUAAAGUUUCUGAUGGUGCUAAUAAAGAUUUGAAAGACAGCAAAGUAGCUGUUGCUGAAACGUUGGAAUACACGGAUUCUGAUGACGAUUACACAAGUAGUUUUAGAGACGCAAAAACGCCAUCUAAAGGCAAAUCACAGAUGGACAGUAUGGAUGAUAGUAACAACGAGAGUAAGUCAUCAAGUGGCGAUAAACGAGUUGGAUUACAGGUGCGUAUGCUGACAGACGAAGACACUGAAAAACCAGUACCGUGCUGCCCAUACAAAAGAUGUUGUUCUUGCUGUAGAGUAUGUUGUGUGUGUAACAGAAAGGCUUACCGAAUAUGGAAAAGGUUUCAAAGCCGUGUUUAUAAUAUAAUCAUGGACCCACUGGUGGAUGUUUUCAUCACGCUAUGCAUUCUGGUUAACACCUUGUUUCUUGCCAUGGAUCACUAUAAUAUGCCGGAGACAUGGGAAAAAUCAUUAGAUUAUGGGAACAAGGUUUUCACCGGCAUAUUUGUCCUAGAAGCAACCAUGAAAAUUAUAGCCCUGGAUGCGGCGUACUUUAAAAGCUGGUGGAAUGUUUUUGAUUUCUUUAUCGUGCUAGUCAGUGUGAUAGAGCUACCGCUGCAACAAAUAAAAGGCUUUUCUGUGUUGAGGGCGUUUAGAUUGCUUCGAGUAUUCAAACUGGCUCAGUCGUGGUCUACAAUGCGCAUGCUCAUAAGUAUCAUUGGUAACACCCUGUCUUCCAUUGGUUAUCUCACGGUGAUCCUGUUCAUCAUCAUUUACAUAUUUGCUGUGAUUGGAAUGCAGCUAUUCGGGGAGGUCUACAUAGAGGAAAACUUUGAUGGCGAAGUACCAAGAUGGAACUUCAUCGAUUUUUACCAUUCGUUUAUGAUGGUAUUUCGGAUCCUUUGUGGAGAAUGGAUUGAACCAUUGUAUGAUUGUAUGAGGGGUUGCAGGUCAGCAAACAACGGAUUAGAAGGUGCUUGCGUCGCUAUAUUCAUUCUCACCUUAGUGGUUGGCAAUUUUAUGGUAUUGAAUCUAUUUCUUGCGCUACUUUUGAACUCUUUCGCGUCCGACACACUAAAGAAAUCCAGUGACGAUGGUCCAGAUCGCCUAACCCUUGGAAUCCAGAAGCUCAUAAGAAUAAUCACAUGCAAACGAUGUAGAAAGGGUAAAGUCGGACCUGCUAACAAAAAAGCCAAGCUUAGAAAAAAGAAGGAAGAAGACAAGAAAAAGUUGACUGAUGCAGAAGAAAAAAAUGCCACAGGAUCAAAUAAAAACUCACAAAUCAGUCUUAUUAAUAUUGACAACGGCAACUUCGUAUCCGAUGAAAAAGCUUCCGAUAUAGAACUGACAGACUUGGACGCCUCGAAGGACACGCAAUUAUCGCCCUCCAAUGGAAUGUUGUUGUCAGCAUCCCCAUCAAAUGGGGGUUUGAAAGUGAACAGUAGUCAUAACAGCAUUGCAAGUAGUAGAAACGGAAGCGCCAGAAGCGUGCAGGAGAGACCAGCAAGCGGAAGAACACCUUUUAAAACUCAACGGAAUGCCUUCGUUUCGUUUGAUUCUGCCUUGAAGAACAGUAAGACUAAAGAGUUGAAUGACGAAGAUCUGGAGAAAGGUAAAAGUGGCGACAAAAAGAAACAAAAUGGACCACCAGAGAAGGACGGCGCAGUCAAGAUAGCAGAAAUUAUAUUAGAGGAUCCUGUCAGACCUUGCUUUCCAGCCCGUUUGAAUGCUUUCUGCGCCAAAAAAUGUUGCUGUUCAUGGGCUAGUAACAUUGACAACACCAAAUUUGGAAAACGGUGGCAUGCCUGUCGGGGUUACGCGUAUGCUAUUGUAGAACAUAAGAUAUUUGAAGGCAUCGUAUUGUUUCUCAUCGCUGCUAGCAGUAUUUCAUUGAUUUUUGAAGACAUAUACUUAAAUGAACGGGCGGCUAUAUACAGAGAACUAUUGAGCUACGCCGACAUCUUCUUUGCAAUUGCUUUCACCAUUGAGAUGUUACUUAAAUGGGUUGGUUUCGGAUUUGUCAAAUAUUUCACCAGUUUCUGGUGUUGGCUAGACUUCCUUAUAGUGCUGGUUACCCAUGUCAGUUUGAUAUCUGCUGCUCUGGGAUUGGCUAAUUUUUCUGCUUUCCGCUCACUGAGAACAUUGCGGGCCCUUCGACCACUACGAGCCAUCUCUCGUUGGCAGGGAAUGAAGAUUGUCGUCAACGCCUUGGCACACGCUAUUCCGUCCAUUUUCAAUGUGUUAUUGGUGUGCCUGGUGUUCUGGCUCAUUUUCAGCAUCAUGGGUGUACAGUUCUUUGGCGGAAGAUUCUACCAGUGCGUGGAUGAAGAUAAAGAAAGGUUGGAUGUCUCAAUAGUUUAUGACUAUAACGAAUGUGUAGCUAAAAAUUACACGUGGUGGAACCCGGAUGUCAAUUUUGAUAACGUCAUCAACGGACUUCUUGCGCUCUUCCAAGUGGCCACGUUUGAAGGAUGGAUGGAAGUAAUGCGAGACAGCGUUGACAUAACAGGGUUUGAUCUUCAACCACAUAGAGAAGAUAAUCUGGGAGCAUACAUGUUCUACUUUAUUUUCAUCGUAUGUGGUUCAUUUUUUACACUCAAUCUAUUUAUUGGUGUGAUUAUCGACAAUUUUAACGUUUUGAAGAAAAAGUAUGAGGGAGACAACACUCUGGACAUGUUUCUUACAUCUAGUCAAAGGAAUUACUAUCAGACGAUGAAACGGUUAGGACAAAAGAAGCCUACAAAACAAAUCAAAAGACCCACGAACAAAGUGUCGUCGUUUUUCUAUGAUAUUACAACUAGUAAUAAAUUCGAGAUCUCCAUUGUCCUACUCAUAUGUCUCAAUAUGGUUGCCAUGGCAGUGGAACACUAUGAGCAGUCUCAACAGUUCAGUGACGUCUUAGAUGCCAUCAAUAUCGUGUUUGUCGCCAUAUUUACACUAGAAGCCAUUAUGAAAAUAAUCGGCAUGAGGUGGCAUUAUUUCAAACGUCCGUGGAAUGUGUUUGAUUUCAUCAUUGUAGUUCUUUCUCUACUGGGAAUAAUUUUGGAUGAUCUUCUACAAAGCGUAAUCAUCAGCCCAACAUUGCUACGUGUUGUUCGUGUAUUUCGAAUUGGACGCGUUCUCCGUCUCGUGAAAGCCGCCAAAGGAAUUCGAAAACUACUCUUUGCAUUGGUCAUCUCGUUACCUGCUCUGCUGAAUAUUGGUGCUCUUCUCUUUCUAGUUAUCUUUAUAUAUGCUAUACUUGGAAUGAACUAUUUUGGUUAUGUCAAACAACAGGGGGCGCUGGAUGAUAUGGUCAACUUCACAACUUUCGGAAAUAGCUUAAUAUUGUUGUUUAGAUUAGCUACUUCGGCUGGUUGGAAUGACGUGCUAGAACCUCUGAUGGUGCAGCCUCCUGAUUGCGACCCUAACUACAAGGGUUAUGAGAACGGAAACUGUGGAUAUCCUAAUUUUGCUGUGCUGUACUUCGUUUCAUUCCUUCUAAUAACAUUUCUCAUUGUCAUAAAUAUGUACAUUGCCGUCAUUUUGGAAAAUUUCAGUCAAGCUCAUGCACAGGAAGAAGUUGGCAUCACGGAGGAUGAUUUCGAUAUGUUUUAUAUCGUCUGGGGGCGCUAUGAUCCACAUGCAAGACAAUUUAUCAAAUAUGAACAGUUGUCCAAAUUCUGCGAUGAAUUGGAUCCACCGCUACGAUUGGCAGCGCCAAAUCGUAUCAAAAUCACGGGUUUAAAUUUAAGCCUGUAUGAAGGUGACCGCGUGCAUUGCUUAGACGUUUUGUCAGCCCUCACCAAACGAGUUCUCGGCGAUGUGGAAGAAUCGGAAGAUUUUAAAAUGUUACAAAAUGAAAUGACUCAGAGAUUCGCUGAUUCUUUCCCCGGUCUCGUCAAAAAUGUCUCGACAGAAACAACUCUGGACAGAAAGAAAAAGGAAACAGCCGUACUAAAAAUUCAGAAAGCUUACAGACUUUUCCGGCUUAAGAGGGAAAUUGGGCGUGUAGCGUCCACGGUGAGAUCACGAAACAGUCAAAGUAGCCUGUCGAACAGCUCGCGCAGGAAUUCUAUAUUUGUGAAUGCCGGAAACCUGGACGCCAGUUUCGGUAGUUCUUUUGGCAACACAUUACGAGUACAACCCGAGAAGUAUCAGCGAAGUAUGAGCUUGACGCCGAGGCUGUCGUCGCAAUCGUUAGCACCUCCGACUCCGAGAAAGAAGUCUUUGCCAAAAAUAGAAAAUACUCAAACUGGAUCGAUCAAUGUGACGUCACCAGUGGAACACUGGAAGGAUAUUCCGCCAGCCAGUGUGAAAGUUGUUGACGAGUCAAAUAAAUCUGGCAAAGAUUCUCAAACAAGACCAAUAUCAGCAAAAUCCUUUACGAGGAAAUAAUAUUUAUUAAUUGAUGUGAGGAUGAUUACAAUAGUUGCCGGAUCUGUCCGGUUAAGGAUAUUGUCUCAAAUUUGACAAACUCGAUACCAGAUUGGCGUGAUCUCACUGGGUGACGUGGUACUAUCACUUCCAUACAAUCACAUAUCCUAGUUCAGCUUCUAUAACCACGUGAUAUCCGUCAUUCGCGUGAAUUGUAGAAAAUGCUGUACUUGAUUGUCAGACACUUAAACCUUGAAAUAUCGUCACGUUUAUUUCGUAUUUUGCAAUGGUGCUUUUCCAAAACCUCUCUACUACCAGUAACAUCAUAUUAAUAUUUAAAACUUACACGUUUGGUUAUUAGGAUAUUUGCAUCAAUAAAUAAUGAUUUCCCACAAUGCAACGCGCUCUCCCAAUGACAAGCAUGACAGUUUUGAUAUGGUUACGACGUGCACUGAAUACCGACGUUCACUCUUAUGGUCACAUUUGAUAUAUUCCAAUAAUCACAGAAAUUACCUUGUUAAAUCUUGGCAGUGCCUCUUUGUACGCGUUGACCUGCUCUACAAUCCAAAAUCUACAAAAUCUCUGCAGUCUCUGUUGAUAUGGGAGCCAUAUAUUGCACAUGGGCGGUGCAUCGACCACCGCCCGUAACGUAUAUCUAACAAAGAUAUUAAAAAAUACAAAUUUUCGUUCAGAUUGCAAGUCGAAAUCCUAUAACGCAAUAAAAAUAAUAUUAUUAUUACAUGACCGACUCGAAACACAUUAACUCAACUUUGUCGUCAUACGUGUCUCUUUUCCUACAUGCUGUUUUCUGCAGUUCUAAUUCCCUGUUUUCUCUAGCGCUUUUGAUAUAAAAAUGUUGAUAUUACACUUAUUUUAAAUGCAAUAUUUGCACAUUCCAAGUAGAUGAUUUCGACAGCAAUAAAUCCCCCACCCCACCCAGUGUCAUCUUUAUGUUCUUGUUUUCACGAGACGUGUACCAAAGACAUGACGUCACUUGUAUAAGAGGGUCUAUGCAAACAUAUCUUUUCCACGCUGUGUGCGAUGUAUAAUUCAUUUUACUGUACACUAAGAGUUCAAUUCUUGACCAUCUUAUUACUAUUUGGAGAAGACGAGUAAAAUCAUUUGAUAUCCCCUAAAAGACAAUAGAAAUGCAACAAAGUAGCAAACUCAAUUAGGUACGCCGCCGUGUACCAGCCAACCAAGUUUACCAUUUUUUGAGCUGGUUCAAUUCUAAGUACAGCCAGACAAGGUGCGAUCCGGGUAUUUUGUAUAAAUCACGUGACAUAUCACAUGAGAUCAGCCUAGCGUUGCGCCUCUGCCAACGGAUAUAUUUAUAAGUAUGAUUGGACCAUUGCGGAGGGCGCUAUUCACUUGACGUUGGCGGAAGUGUAAUUCAAAUACCUAAUCACACUACUUUUGCAAUCUAACAUUUUUCUAAGAACGCUAUAUUACAAUAUCACUAGCAUUUA